GUGUGAUAGUAAUGAAAAUGAUUUUGCCGGAUUCGAUGAGGACGCCGCUGGUAGCGAGAACGCAAUGUUAAGUUCUCCAAGAUCCUCAAGUACGAUUUCCGAUUUCACAAAUUCUGAAAAAGUCCAAGAACUGGAAGCAAAUCUUUGGUCGUCUACGGAAGCAUUUGGGGAAAAUGUGGUUGCCUCGGUGAGAAGUGCCACAUUAGGAUCUACCGACGAACAGAACAAAAUGGAAUCUGUUGUUGGUAUGGCACCAGCACCUGGGAAUGCAUUUGACAAUAGCGCUAAAGUUUUAGCUAUGUCUACGAUGGUGACUAAGCGAAAAGUCGCCGCUCAUGUCAAUGCUCUCGAUGAAGCCUUCAGUGUACCCUUUGAAUAUGAAUGGAAAAGGGAAUUGGUUUAUUAUGCAAAUUUGGAUGGCAAUAGUAAAGAUACAAAUAAUUAUAUCAUCAUGCCACUACACGGGGGGUUAACGUCGAAUAAUUUUACGUUUAAGAAUGAUUCCGUGGGUGAAUCAUCAGAUGAAGAAAUUAUACGAAGUGCCAGAUCAUAUGGAUUAAUGCCUCGACGACCUAUACCAGAACCACUUUCUGGAUACAAUUUGGGUAAACGAAUCCCAAAGACUAAAAUGCUCAAAGAAACAAGUACACCGCCAUGUGUGUCGUUGGUAUGUGCAUCCGUAAGUCGAUCAGGUACAACUCCUUCAUUGCGCUCGAAUUCGCAAACCCCUCCUGAAUCAAGAGGAAUAAGGACUGGUUCCCAAGUUACCUUUGUGUGUCGAAUGAGGAACCAGGUAGCGAACCACCUCCGACUGUGGAAAAAUGUUCGAUUGAAGAAUUAAUUAAUGAUUGGACUAAAUUGGAAAAUAUUUUCCGAAAAAAACGGCACAAAGUGUCAGGGCAUUCUCUGUUUGGAGAAAAGUAUGCAGAGACUAAUAUUUUGAAUGGAAAAUAUCAAUUUUAUUACUUCCAAACAUAACUUCGAUCCUGCUUGGACGAUGAAAGACAAAAAAAAAUUUAAUGUUCAGAAAUGCUGAAAUAGAAUAACUUUAAAAGGAAAUAAAAAUCAUGUUAAGGUAAGACAUUCAUUAUUUAGAAGAAAGAAGGAUGUUAAAGUACUAUACGCCCAAAAAAUUAUUAGUUAAAACAAAAUUAUAUCCCUUUAUUAACACCAAGAUUAGAGUCAUGAUAGCUCUUCUCUCACGUGUAGGGACUGCAGUAAACGCGUUUCCAUUUUAGUAUAAUGGAAUGAAUUAUUUUAGACCUUUCUAUGUUCAAAAGAUAGAAAUGUCAAAAAGGGGAGUUAUUUUCACUUGUUUAGUUACACGUGGAUACAUAUCGAAAUGGCAGAAAAUUUGAGUACCGAUGCCUUUUUCGUAUGCUUUAGGAAUUUUCAGUGUCGAAGAGGUAAAGUAACUCAGCUUUACAGCGACAACGGAACUAAUUUCGUUGGAGCCGAAAGAGAGUUGAAACGCCUCCUACAAGAACUCGACACAAGAAUGAGACAAGGAGAAGCCGCAGAGUUAGAAAUUUCAUGGGUGUUUAACCCUCCAGCGGCUCCACAUUUUGGAGGCGUAUGGGAGAGGUUAAUAGGAAUAAUAAAGAAGGCGCUUAGUGUCAUGAUAGACGAUAUGUCUAAAAGGACACCUACGAGUGAAGUGCUGCGAUCAGCCUUUAUUCAAGCGGAGUGGUUUGUUAAUUCACGUCCUUUGAUACAUAGAGCUUUAAAGGAUGUGAAUGAUGAGCUAUUAACCCCCUUCCAUGCGAUUUUAGGAAGGCCGGGACAAUAUGCACCACCCUUCGAAAUGGAUCCAAAACCUUACGAUAAGAACUCGCAGGCAAGAAUCCAACAUGCCAUGAAGAUAUUCUGGGAUAAAUGGAAGAAAGAAUAUCUUCCAACAUUAAUCGCCAGAGAAAAAUGGACUGGCGACGUAAAACCGAUCAAAAUAGAUGAUUUAGUCCUAAUGGUGGAUAACGAAGAACCUCCAGGACGAUGGUUAAAAGGACGUGUUUCGAAAUUAAUUGUUUCUGAUGACGGUGUAGCUAGACAAGCUGAUGUCAUAACCAGAAAGGGAACGUUUAGACGCGCAGUUGCAAAACUCGCGAUCUUAGACGUCGAAGGAAAGGAUCUAACUCCUGAACCGACGGUAAAAAAGAAAUCAGGGCAUGCUAUAAUGCAUAUAUCUGAACCCGAGUCCUGUGAAUCUACAUUUGAAAGUCACCGUAUCGAGACCAAACGAAAAUUAGAUAAAACUUCUCAGCCAGAGAAGAAAAGGAAAUGUACCAACAAAAAGGCAAAACCAGUCAUUCGACUUUCUCCAUAUUCUGUACUUGCAGGUUUAUUAACCACUGCGGCGGUGCUAAGUACGGCAAAUGCGAUAUUGGUUACGCCGGUCGAACAGAAUGGCGUAUUUCUCGAUCACAUAGGGACAAGCCUUAUGAAAAGAGGGAUAUGGCGUACAAAUAUCGAAACAAUGGUAUCACCAGAUCAGGAUCGAGCUCUGGUUGAAGACAUACGGGGUAACAUAUCAGCAACAAGGAAACACAUGAUUAAAAAUUUAAAAACUGAUAAUAUGGAAAAAAUUUUGGAAAUUUUCAACAAGUUGUGCUCGGAUGCAAUUUUCGAAAUUGAUUACGAGAGAACGAGAUUCCGCCGUUCCAAAGGAAUAUUUGGAUUUUUAUGGAGUUUCCUCUUCGGUGAAAAUGAUAUCGAAACCGAAUUGAAAUCAAUGAGGAUGCACGACAAUGAGAAGAUACAUCAGCUAUCUGAGUCACUUGUGCAAUUAAAUGGAAAGACGGCUGAGAUGGGAGGCACGCUGAAUGAUCGAUUCUACGAACUAAUGAAGGAAACGAAUAAUUUGAAACAAAAAUAUGUCCUAGGUGACACGGAAUACCUAGAAAGCCGAUUAAUCGAAAUUAUUAUGCUAUCAAGGGAAACCAUUGACGCUAUACUUCACAAGUACAGAAGGAUGAGAUCAUAUCCACUUUCGACGGAAGAACUAACCGCGACUUUCGACAACAUCUCGUCAAUAUUGCCAGCAGGACUAACAGUUCUUCGACAAUCCUCGUUGGUAAAAUAUGAAGCACAGCAGAUCAACGGGACUAUCGUAAUCGCAAUGUACACUGUAAUUGUUAGCAAGACAGUGUACGAAAUGUUUCAAAUUAUUCCUGUACCUCAUACGGAGAAUCACGCCAUCAUUGAUAUAGGAAAACCACGCAUACUGAUUGACCAUAACGGGGAAUAUUUCUACCCAACUACGGAACCAGUACGAAUGAACAAAACUCAUUUUAUAGUGGAACCUAGUCUGGUUCAUAAGGAGCUUGACUGUGUAUCAGGACUAGUGGCGCACAAAGUUUCGAAGAGCCGCUGCAAUACUACACACUUAACGCCACCAUACGUCGAGAUGAUUUCACUCACGGAUGAGAACCAGGUACUCUACUACGCCAGCGACACGACGAGCAUCGUAAUCCACUGCCAGCAUACAAUAAUAUCGCCACCCUAUAAAGUGGCCGUAGUUAGGUUAGAUUUUGAUUGUAAAAUUCAAAGUAAUAAAAGUGUUAUAUAUGGAUUUGUGAAUAGGGAAGAAAGGAAAACAAACUUAUAUUUUAAAGAAAGAAUUCAAAUAGAUUUCAAUUUAGAGCAGAAUAAAACUGAAUUACCGAAAUUAAAUAAGCCUGCAAAUCCAUUUAAUAACAAAAUUUUUACAAUAUUAACAAAUGAUGAUAAGAAACAAGAUGUAGGUGAACCCAUAUUUGAAUAUGUAAUAAUGGGUGUAGGAUUGAUAGGUAUUAUGUACGUGGUAAUAGUUAUCUAUUUACGUAUUAAAAAAUGUAAUACAACACGAAAUUCCAGAAGACCGGCGGAGUGUUUGUUUCCACUUCCGCGAAAUACGGCUGAAAGUUCGUUAUAAAAUAAGGUCUUUGCAAUUAUUUAUAGGAAUAAUAAACUUAACAGAAAGGACGAACGCAAAUUUUAUCAUUAAUUCACGAUCAUUCAUUCAUGACAAUCGCUCGAUUAUCAAAUAGGGUAAACCUUCUAGAAGAUUUACGGGGCCGGGAAUGUCGAGCGUAGAGCUUGCGUCAGUUGCACUGGCAUUAUUAAAUUUAAUUAUCAACCACAAAAACAACGUGCUUAAAGGAGCACUAUGAUCGAGAAGCGAUUUGAACCGAUAAGGCGUUUCCGGCGCAGUCGUGAGAGCUAUUAAUUUUCCAUCAAUUCUCGCAUCCCAUGUGCAUCAAUAAGCGCUAAUUCAAAUAGCAAAGGAAGCUUAAGUUGGGUCGAGACGCCAGGUAAUCUGGUGCCGAUGGCAAUAGUAAAAUUAAUUAGCAAAGACCAUGACGAAAUGCGAAGGGACAAACAUAAACAAUUGCCCGAAAAGGAACAUUAAAUGAAUAUCGUCAAAUCAGCUCUCGGAAGGUUGCGGUAAUAAAAUAAUUUAAUACGUAAUUCCCGAAAGGACUGCAAUAAAAGAAGGAAAGGUAGUCUGGCGACGGUCAUGUUUGAGUCUGGUAGAAAUAUGAAUUGAUUACCCGUGCUGACAAAGACCAACAAGUUUUGAAAGCAUCGGUACGUGAUAGGGAAUAGAGAAGGAUAGCGCGAAAUGCAAGCGCAACAUUGAAUACCAAAUUCUAUGUAAUAGUGAGGUAGAUAGGAAUUGUUUACCCGUGCUGACGAAUGGUAACGUCAGCAUCUAAGGAGAAAGAGAGACAGUAAUAAAUGUUGCACUGCAUGUCGUGCAACAUCUUUAAUAUUUUACCAUAAGAUUCAUGUAUAUAUAGUUUAAGGAAAUUAAAAAAUAAAUGAGUCAUCAGUUACCAGAGAAAACGGUCGUUCGCAUUCAUCACUAGAAAGAAAACUCCCGGACGAGCCCCCACCAGAAGAAGUCAUCCUCCCCUAGAAGGAAGCAUCAUCGCCCAGGAAGUACAGUCCGCUGGAGAACCGUAGCCAGCAUAAAAGCGUACUUCCGCUCUUAUGCCCUACUUGCUUCUCCCCGGAUAUCCGAAAACUUUAAUCGUAAAGUCUUAAGGCAAAUUAAAAAGAAUUUGCGACAGGGAACAGUCAGUCGCUCUGACGG